AUGUCAGAAGCCAAGACGCGACAAUGGUUGCAACAAGUAGCAACUCUACAUUUGGGUUUGCCAAUUCCGGAUUUUUCAGAGUCGGCCGAAGUGUCAAGAUUCAUCCAUGAUCCAGAAUCAUUGACUCUUUCCGUCGUUUACGACGACAAGACACUUCAAUUGUCAAACUCGGAAACUUACGAUGAGUUCAAACCGUAUGUAGAACUAUCGAAACUGCGUGGAUCUACCGCUCUUGACUCACUGACACCACAAAACAGGGGUGUUAUCUUCAUAAAGGCCAAAAAGACAACUUUACGCAUUGAAACUCUACCUGAAAUCAUCACCGUCUUGCCGUUUGUGGGAGGAAACCCUGCUUUGGCAUUACAUCGAACCAUAAAAACCGUGAUUGCACCAUUGCUGCUAAAGAAUAGCAAAUGGGGAAUCAAUUCGAAACUACAGACAUUGUUGUCGGACAUGGAAGGAGCUCUAGGAGGGAUGCUACAAAACAGCAAUGAAAAUGGCAUUGUUGACGACGAACUGCAGUAUUGGACAGAUCAGGCUGCCGACUCACCAAAGAAAGAGCGAUCCCGUGCAGAAUCGUUCUGUGAUAGUCUAAAACAGCUCAAAAUCGAAAUGGAUCGUGCCAGGGACGCCGAAAUGAACGAUUUAUUGUCGGUGGUAGAAAACGCUCAGGACGCCAUAGAUGACUUAUGGAGGCAAAUGUUUGACCCCCCAUUCCCGCAGUUACGCAUGGAUCAUUUGCUGGACGUUGUGACAGACACCUUCGUAUCAAUAGUAAAAGAACGUCUGAAUGCAAUCAAUAUUGGAAAAUCUGACUUCCAAACGUUUCUCGAAAUUCGGGUCAUCCAUGAACGAAUGCGAGUCGUUCUGACUACGGAAGAACAACGUGACCUGAAAGUCGCUGAUAGUUUGCAUUCCUUCUCGAAAGUCGAUAUUCUGGAUACUCAGCCUUUCGCAGAUGGUGUUUGGAAGCGUGCAGUGAACCAGUAUCAAACAGCCUUAGAACCAGUAGCUCAACAUGCUGGACAAAGGCUCCGGGAUAUGUUUGCUCCCUUAUUUAACCAACCAUCUCAACUCUUGCGAGAGUUUCGUAAACACAUCGACAUUCUACGGAAUCAAAUAGUGUCUCGUGAAGUAGUCGCUGAAAAGGAUGCUUUGAUUGCUCAGCUUAUUGCUGAGACUAAGACGAUUCACGAGCAGUUUCAGUCAAAGAAGCUUUCGAAAAUGGACUCUUUGUCUGGCCUUCCCGUAUCCGUAGCCAACUUGCUUUGGGCUAGACAAACUAUUGCCAAGAUUGGUGCAGCAGCUGAUACUUUGGCUGCUUUGGAUGAUCGUGUCGAUUCAUUCCAAUUGAUUGCUUCACCGCUGAUUACUGAUCUGAAGUCAUACGAGCAAGAUCAGCUACAGGACUGGAGUGAUGAAUUAAAUCAAGCGCUUCGUGAUCCCUCUGGGCCAUUAGCUUUGCAACGGACAGGACGACUUAUGGAGUUAGACUACAACACUGGAAAACUAUUUGUAAAUUAUCCAGACCGUUUAGCUCUCUUGCUCCGUGAAGUCCGUCAUAUCACUGCAUUGGGUACGAAUGUGUCAUCCGAUAUACUUAAAACUGUAGAAAGUGCUUCCCGCUUCUACCGUUUUGGAACUGUGCUAAAGCAAGUUGCACAUUUUUACAACACAAUCGAUCAACAAAUGCUCCGAUGUCAGCAGAGCAUGAUGUUGCAAUUAGCUCUUGAAUUCGAACGGCUUGUCAAAAGUCCUAAGGGCAAAGGAGCUGAAGGUGGUAUAGUCACUUGGGACAGCCCGACAGAGGUCGAAGCCUAUAUCACACGAUUACAAGGUGUAGUGGAUCGACUGACUCGAGAAAACCGUCGGUUAAGGCGGCACCAUGAUAGUAUUACCGAUGUAGUACUCGGCCUGUUCGAAGUCAAUUUGGUUCGUAAUCAGGCUGGUUGGAAGGACGCAGUGUCGUCAAUACGAGAUAUUAUAGUAACAGCACUCACUGGUUGUAAUAUACAGAAUGCUGACUCACUCAGCUGGCGAGUGCACUGGGAUCAUCAAUUGUAUAAAGCUUUAGAGCAUCAGUAUCGACUCGGUUUGUCGACCAUGCACGAAAUAUUGCCAGAAAUCCGUGUAGAGCUAGUAUUUCGACAAUCUCGAUUACAGUUUCGGCCUGCCAUUGAAGAAGUGAGGGCUCGAUAUUAUCGAGAGCUCAAACGAUUUAUAAAUCUUCCACAAACUUUUAAAGGAGUAGACGGAGCUCCAGCUAUAUUCCCACUUAUAGUAGAACGAAACUCUGCCUCGCUUGAAGGUGUGUAUCGUAAAGCUGAACAAUUGUUUCAGGCUCUGCUCAAGUUGCAGGACAACUAUAAAGACUGGGUUGCCCUUGGUAUGAUUGGAGAUAUGGAUAGUUUUGUGGAACAGCACCUUACGGAACCAUCACAUUGGGAACUCAACUUCAAGGCAAUUAAAACACGAGGAAAAGAUGCCGAAUCCAUACCCAUCAGUAUAAAGGUCGAUUGUUUUGUAGUGUCUACCAUACCGUUAAAGGCCUCCAUCGACGACCAGCUGCAACGAUUGUUUGACGCUCUUGUAAAUACAUUACGCAAAACAGUCCAAGGCCAUUUACAAUUUGUUGAACAAUUUGUAAAUUCUGCUAUGGAAGUACUAUCGCAGAGACCACAAACUAUUGCAGAGAUUGGAGGAGCACAUGCUGCUCAUGCACAAUUGUCACUGAAAAAGAAUGAGAUUGUAGUUAGCUUACAAUCUGCCGAAUCAUUGAAUAAGUUAUUAAGAUCUGUUGCUGGCUCUGAUGUUGACGCUACAGCUCUAGCAGCACGAUGGAGUAAAUUAGAAGUAAUGUUAGAUGGUCACGAUUUGAUGAUCAAGGAUCAGAUCGAAGUAUUGAAAGCAGGUGUAGAAGGUAGAGUAUUGACGCUACAGCAAGAGGUUGCAAAAUUCGCAGCUCGUUGGGAACAAUUGUGUCCAAAACCUGCAAAUGUAAUGGGUGAUGUUUCCAAAGCUCGAGAAGCUAGUUCCUUUGUCAAGGAUAAACAACGAGAGUUUGAAGAUCUAUCUCAACAAUUUGAAGAAGUCGCUGAAGAUUGUAGGCACUUUGAUAUUUCGGCUACAGAUUCUACGGCUUUAGAAGCUCUUAAGAGUGAGCUACUCAAAGCUGUGGAUGCAUGGUCCGUCUAUGAUGGCUUUAUGAGUGAUCUAGAUUCUAUAUCAGGACAGGACUGGAUUGGCUUCUCCUCCAAACCCCAUAGUCUAGAAGACACCCUACAUAAAUGGCAAGAACAGAUUAAAACUCGAGGUGCCGAUAUUAUUGGUGCCUUUGUAGUCAAAGAAAUCGACUCGUAUCGUAACAUUCUACCAUGUAUUAAAUAUCUCAAGGCUGAUGGCUGGACCGCUGAGCAUUGGGGUGACUUGUUUAGGAUUGCCGGUAUAAAUGCUAAAGGCGUUACAGCUGCAAAUCUUACUGCAGGUCAGAUAUUUGCAGCUAGAGAAUCUCUGGUGUCUCAUCUAGAUGAAAUCAAAGAGUUGAAUGUACGUGCUCGUGGAGAGAUUCAGAUCCGUGAAGCCUUGUCGGAAUUGGAAGUCUGGGGUGCAUCUACCACCUUUAGCAUAUCAGAAUAUAUUGAUGUUAAGGGCAAACGUGUUGGUAUCAUCAAGGAUUGGAAGGAGAUCAUUUCUCAAAUCGGAGAUUGCCAGUCUUUGCUCCAAUCACUGAAAGACACUCCAUACUAUAAAAACUUUGCUGAUCAGUGUGGUAUUUGGGAACGCAAGUUCGGGGAUUUGGAUGCUUGCAUUCAUGAUCUCAACUUGGUGCAACGUAAAUGGGUCUAUCUAGAACCAGUAUUCAAUCGAGGUGCUUUGCCAUCUGAGCAAGCUCGAUUUGGUAAUGUAGACAAUGAUUUUAGGUCGAUUAUGUCUAGUAUAGCCAGAGACACUAGAGUCGUUGCAUUAUUAUCAUAUCCAUCGGUCAGAAGAGUAAUAGCAACUAUGCUCGAUCAGCUGGAGAGAUGUCAAAAGGCUCUUGCCGACUUUUUGGAACAGAAACGUCGUGCCUUUGCUCGUUUCUACUUUAUUGGUGACGAUGAUCUACUUGAGAUAUUAGGUCAAGCAACAAACCUGACGGUUAUCCAACAACACUUCCGUAAAUUAUAUAUGGGGGUACAGAGUGUGAAGUUUGAUCAGGAGGGUAAACACAUUCUCGCCAUGUGUAGUUCAGAUGGGGAAGUUAUACCACUCCAACGUAAAGUCAAAAUAACUGCUGAUAUUGAGAUAUGGCUUCGAGAGUUUACCAACGAAAUGAAGUCAACACUACGAGAUCUUGUAAUUCGAGCAGUCAAAGCAGAAAGUGGACUGUCAGUACUACAAGAGUACCCAGCUCAAGUAGCAUGUAUGUGUGAAUUCGUCCGAUUCUCAACACGUUGUGAAAAGGCCAUAUCUCGUCGAGAAUUACCGGCAUUCCAUGCAGAGAUGAGUAAAUAUUUAGAAUCUCUCACGUCCUUUGAUACUGGUGCUGUCGCUCAAGAUAUCGCCGAACGAGGUGUUUUGGAUAUACGUAUAAAAUCAGUUAUUAUGGACGUCAUCCAUCUAAUUGAUGUAAUUGAGCAACUUGUUGCAGCACAAGUAGAAUCCGUCGAUGAUUGGGCAUGGCAAAGACAACUUCGUUUCUAUCUCGGAAAAGAUGGUGCCAUGUAUGGACAAAUGGUUAGCGCACGAUUUGCAUAUACAUAUGAGUAUCAAGGAACACCACAACGUUUAGUGCAUACUCCCUUAACAGACAAGUGCUACUUGACCCUAACGCAAGGCAUGGCAGCUGGAUUCGGUGGUAAUCCAUUUGGUCCAGCAGGAACUGGUAAAACUGAGAGUGUUAAAGCUCUUGGUGCUUUGAUGGGUCGUCAAGUCCUGGUAUUUAAUUGUGACGAAGGACUCGAUUAUAAGAGUAUGGGUCGAAUCUUUGUUGGUAUUGUUAAAUGUGGAGCAUGGGGUUGCUUUGAUGAGUUCAAUCGUCUUGAAGAGUCUGUUUUGUCUGCUGCUGCCUUGAAAUCACAGCAGUCAACAUUCAUACUCAUGGAUCAACAGGUCGAAGUUGAUUCCAAUGCUGGUAUAUUCGUCACGCUGAAUCCAGCUGGAAAGGGUUAUGGCGGGCGACAAAAGCUUCCUGAUAAUUUGAAACAACUCUUCCGAUCUGUGGCAAUGGCGCAACCUGACAAUGAACUAAUUGCCGAGACGAUGCUCUUUGCGGAUGGAUUCCGACACGCAAAAGUAUUUGGUCGCAAAAUAGUUACCGUCUUUAAGCUAUGUCAACAAGUCCUGUCGCAUAUGCAGCACUACGAUUGGGGUCUGCGUCCUCUCAAGAGUUGCUUGCGACUAGCAGGUCAACUCUUACGCGACCAGCUUGUAAGCAGUACUGCCAAACGACAAGAGGUGGAAUUAUUGGUCAUUGUACAGUCCAUUCGAGCCAAUACCGUACCAAAAUUGACUUUUGCUGAUGCUACUCGAUUCCUUGAAGUGUUGCGUGACACUUUUGGACAGACAGUAGACCAAGGUGUAGUUUAUAAAGAGCUCACAGAGUCAUUGAAAGUAUCCUGCCGUGAAUCAGGUCUACUCGUAAUAGAUUCACAAAUCCAAAAGAUGUGUGAAUUGUAUGAAGCUCUUCGACAACGGACUGGUGCCGUUGUAGUUGGACCACCUUCAUCUGGUAAAUCUGCCUUAUGGAAGACUCUUAAAACUGCACUGGCCAAGUGUGGUCAAAAAGUCAACACCCAUGUAAUGAAUCCUAAAGCUCUGGAUCGUCAUGUGUUGUUGGGACACAUGGAUAUGGAUACUCGUGACUGGACAGACGGUACUCUGACUCGGGCCUCUAGAAUGGCAGUGAAAGAACCACUGGACGUAUGGACUUGGAUUGUCUGUGAUGGUGAUGUUGAUCCAGAAUGGAUCGAAGCCCUCAACUCUGUCCUUGACGACAAUCGGCUGUUGACGAUGCCAUCUGGUGAACGAAUACAAUUUGGUCCCAAUGUAAAAUUCUUGUUUGAAACAGACGAUCUCAGACAUGCUUCACCAGCUACAAUCAGUCGUAUGGGAAUGAUUUACUUGUCUGAAGAGAGUCUGGAUACUGCUACUGCUGCCACUGCAUGGGUAGAACGUCAAGACGAAGCUUUAAGGAAACAGCUCAAAGUUUGGGUUGACGAAUACUUGUUCCAAGCCAUUGGCAUUAUUCGGAAAAAGGCACUCACUGUAGAGGUCUCGCCAGUUGCCCUUGUAUUACAAGCUCUGUCGCAUUGUCAAAAGCCAUCUAGUCAGACUGAAUUUGUGCUUGGUCUCAUUCGUGGUAUCGGUGCAGUCCUGAAUUGGGAGGCACGUGUAUCAUUUGCUUGUGAGAUGGACUCUCUGGCCGGUCUCCCUUCUUCGCAGCAAGCAUUGUUGUCGUAUGUUGAUGCAAAUGGAUCUGUCUUGUCUUAUAAAUUCGAGAAACCUGUUAGCACGGCAACCGAACCUGUAGUAGAAACCGUGGAAGUACAACACGCAUGCCAUGUGUUAUCGUCGUGGCUAGUCGAUCGAGUUCCAGUACUUCUUGUUGGGCCAGAUGGUUCUGGAAAGCAUUUGACCCUGAAGCAUGUCACGUCAAGACUUCGCUACCGUAUGAUCACCUUACACUGUAGUGCUCAAACUCGGCCUAUCCAUAUAUUGCAGCGUUUGUUACAGAGUUGUGUUUCUGUGAGUGGUGCCACGGGACGAGUUUUGAAACCAAAGGACGGUGACCGUCUUGUAUUAUAUCUUCGAGACAUUAAUCUACCGAAACCCGAUAAAUAUGAUACUGUUGAGGUGAUAUCCUUCUUGGUACAGCUACUCUGCUAUAAAGGUUUCUAUGAUUCUGCGACGUUGGAUUGGAUUGGAGUUGAAGGGGUCCAGGUUGUAGCCUCUGUCAAUGAUGGAACCAUGAAGAGAGCAUUGCCCGCUCGAUUUAUAUGCCUUACACAUAUUCUUAAUAUCAGUCUGCCGACUCGUGAGAAUCUCUUCCAAGUAUGUGAUGUCUUGGUUCAAUCUGUAUUGUCACGUAUGAUACCACCAGAUCAUAAGGUGUGGAAACACGCAAAUCGACUCACGGAAACCAUGGUCCGUGUAUACGAUGAAGCAGUGGCAAUGUUUAGGGGCCCGUUGGUAGUAUUAAGCCCUCGUGACUUGUCUCAUUGGGUCUCAAACUUGGCUCGCUACUCUAUAAAUCCCGAUAAUGUCAUGGAAGAUUUGCUAGAAGUAAUAGUUUAUGAAGGACUUCGCAUAUUCGGUGAUCGUCUAACUACCAAGGAUGAUCAAACGAAAUUCGAGACUCUGCUUCUGGAGGCAAUCAGAGCAGACUGGUCGAUCGACGCUUCCAAAGUCUUGUCAUCCGUAUAUAUUGCUCCGAAUCGAAGCAAUCAGAAAGCAGCCACACUGCAAAGACUCUCUAUAAAAGAUUUUAGAUUAACAAUUGCCAAGGAAGUGACCUUGUAUGAACGUGAUUAUCACGAACUCAGUCUAGCACUCUUUGGAGAAUGGCUUGCAUUCACUGCCAGCAUUGACCGAGUCUUGUCGCAUCAGGGCGGAUGUUUACUCUUAGCAGGACAAGCUGGAUAUGGUCGCCGAAGUGCUACUCUACUUAGCGCUCAUCGUCUUGGAAUGCGAGUAAUCACUCCCGCCAUUGGACGUAAUUAUGGAAUCAAGGGCUUCAUAAACGAUUUGAAAACAGCCAUUCAAGCCGCAGUCAGUGAAGAGGAGGUCGUCUUCUUAUUUGAAGACCACCAAAUGGUUGAUCCACUCUUCCUGGAGAUUGUGAAUGGUGUCUUGACAGGAGGCCAAAUAGCCAGUCUCUACAGUAAAGAAGAGCUGGACGCUAUGCUUCAGACUACAUCUGACCGGUUUGCAGAGGCAGGAUCUCAAGGAAGCAUGAUUGAAUUCUUUGUCAACGAAGCACGUCGGAAUCUUCAUCUCGUAUUGAUACUUGAUACUCUAAAUCCCGACUUUGCACAACGGUGUGAGUCAAAUCCGGCCUUGUUGAACUCGUGCGAAUGUAUUCGAGUCAGUAGUUGGUAUAAAGCUAGCAUGGUGGUGGUUACAAAGGCCGCAUUGGCCCGUCAAUUACCGGAAUUAUCAAGUGUAGAGGAACUUCCAGAACUCUUUGUAUCUCUUCACAACUCUGUAGCGUCGAUUCAACGACCAACACCGUCGAAACUUCUAGUGACUUUGUUGGAAACAUUCUCUAAUGUUUUCAAAUCGAAACGAGACGGCCUAGUCCAACAGGUCAAAUAUUUGGAAGGGGGCUUGAAGAAGCUCGACGAUGCAACACACUAUGUAGAUGAGCUAUCUCAAAACGCUGGUCAACAGCAGAAGACAUUGUCUCGAAAGCAGCUCGAGGCCGAUCAAUCACUGCAACGAAUCACUGAUGCCAUGAGCAAUGCAUCAGACCAGAAACGUGAAUUAGAGGACCUUAACAAACGCUUGAAAUUGGAGGAAGUCAAGAUGGUUGAGCAAAAGCAAGCUAUAGAACUACAGCUUGCGGACGUUGAACCGAUAUUGAGAGCAGCCCGUGAAUCCGUCGGAGAGAUUCGAGGUGAUGCACUGACUGAAAUACGAUCCUUAAGAGCACCACCACCAGCUGUCCGCGAUGUAUUAGAAGGCGUCCUUCGUCUCAUGGGUAUUCUCGAUACGUCUUGGAAUAGUAUGAAGGGUUUCCUUGGUAAACGAACAAUCAAGGAAGAGAUUCUAAACUUUGACGCUCACUCUGUUACGAAGCAGGCUAGAGAAGCUGUAGCUGAAUUGUUGAGAACUAAGCCCGAAUCAUUUGACGAAGUGGCUAUCAGAAGAGCUUCAGUAGCUGCUGCACCGUUAGCAGCAUGGGUGAAGGCCAAUAUACAGUAUUCUAUGGUCUUGGACAAAACUGCUCCGUUAGAAAACGAUCUAGCAGGUCUGACCAAGUCACUCCAAAAGUCUACAGAUCGAGUCAAGAAACUUCAGGAAGAAUUGUCUGAAGUCGAUAGAAAUGUAGCAGGAUUGCGUGAUGAAUUUGGUACACUGUCACGAGAAGCUGAAAUGCUCAGAAUGGGUCUUGAGAAGGCCCAAAGAACUCUAGAUGUCGCGACCUCGUUGCUAUCCAAGCUGGAUGGGGAAGGGCAACGAUGGCGUAUCCAAGCCGAAACAUUUAAUAGUCAAUUGGAAGGUCUGCCGACGCAGAGUUUAAUGGCAUCUGCAUUCGUAACAUAUUUAGGUGGGGCCUCUGAAAGUACUAGAGACGCUAUGCUCAAAUCUUGGUCAAAGUUGCUCAACUUGAACGACUUCGAUGCUCGUGAAUUCUUAGCUUCUGAGGGCACGGCAUUGCUAUGGAAGUCUCAGGGACUCCCACACGAUGCAUUGUCACUUCAAAAUGCUGUAAUUACGGUAAAUACUCCAACUGUAGCAUUGUUGGUAGAUCCUGGUGAUCAAGCUUCUGGAUGGCUGAAAUUGACAUUGGCCAAAUCCAAUCCUGAAAUCAUUUACCAACACGAUCCAAACUUUUCUCGUGCCCUCGAGCUUGCAGUACGAUUUGGCAAGACCUUGAUAGUACAGGAUGUAACCGAUAUUGAACCGACAUUGUAUCCAUUACUACGUCAGGAAUAUGCUAAACAGGGUCCACGAUAUGUGGUGAGACUGGGUGAUAAGACGGUGGAUGUUGGCGAGAGUUUCAAACUCUUCUUGCUGACCAAGGAUAGUCGCUUCAAUCUGAGAACUGAUGCUUUGGGUUUGGUGUCUGAAAUCAACUUUACCACAACUCAAGCAGGAUUGGCCGACCUGCUUUUGAACGUCGUUUUACAACACGAAAAGCCAGAACUAGAAUUGGAACGUGUAAAGCUAGUAGAACAAGAAGAUCAACUCAACUUGCAACUGGUAACUCUUCAAGAAUCGCUACUAAGAGAAUUGGCUACUUCCACCGGAAAUAUUCUAGAAAACCAAUCACUAUUAGAGUCAUUGAAUGAAGCCAAAGCCAAGAGUAUGACGAUUGAGGACGGUUUGAACGAGUCUCGAAAACUAAAGGCAUCUCUCAACGUGGAACGAGACAAGUAUGCACGCUUUGCCAACUUUGGAAGCAAGCUGUACUUUGCUGUAAUCGAGUUAUCUCGUCUUGGAUCCAUGUAUCACUUCAGCCUCGACUUGUUUUUGCGGCUUAUAAAUAGAGCUCUCAGCAAUAGUCACAGUGACAGAGAGGGCAAAGAAAGCCGUACAGAGGUAUUGUGUAGAACAUUAGAAUCUCUGGUGUAUGCUACAGUUGGACGUGCUUUGUUUAAGGCAGAUCGUCUAGCCUUUGCAUAUCACCUUAUAAAGCAACUGCAUCCCAAUUCUUAUGAUGCACGUGAAUGGGAUUAUUUAGUGGGUACUGCUUUAGAUCAACAGGAUUCUGUCGGUGCCGAAGUGCCAUCUUGGGUACCAUCGGACAAGGUCAACAAGUUCCGACUCUUACAGUCCCUGCCUCGAAUCAAAGCGUCAUUUUCUGAUCGAGAGGGCUGGAGUCGCUGGAUAUCUCAGAAUGCUUGUGAAGACAGUUUCCCUCCUGCUGCCAAACAAUUGACGCCCUUCCAACAAUUGUUGAUCAUUAAAACACUCAGACCAGAUCGAUUGCUUACAUCCAUGACAAAUACGGCGUGUGAGAUACUGGACAUGCCUUCGCUUGCUCUCAAUCCUUUAACCUUCCCGCAAUUGCACGAAGAGUCGACUUCACAUGAGCCAAUUCUCUUCAUCACUACACCUGGUGCUGAUCCAUCCGAGGAGUUACGUGCUUAUGCUGUGACUGCUGUUGGUGAAGCCAGCUUUAAGUCGAUCGCAAUGGGUCAAGGACAGGGUGAUGUCGCCAUAAAACUGCUACGUGAUGCAGCAUCUAAGGGUGGCUGGAUUCUACUUCAAAACAUCCAUCUCGUCACUUCCUGGAUCCCAUCUUUGAUGCAAGAACUCGCUACGCUGCAAGGAUCCUUGUCUAAAGAAUUCCGUCUUUUCAUGACAAGUGAAGCCCAUCUGGGCUUCUCACCAGCCUUGUUGCAGUCGUGUGUCAAAGUCACUGUAGAAGCUCCUCCAGGACUCAAGAAGAAUCUUCAGAGAGCCUACGAUGGAUGGGAUGUAGACUUUAUUGAGAAGGGCAGCGUGCUCAGAGCACAAGCACUGUUUGCUUUGGCCUGGUUUCAUGCUACAUUGCAAGAGAGGCGAAUGUAUUUGCCACAAGGAUGGACAAAGUUUUAUGAAUUUUCAGCUGCUGAUCUGAGGUCUAGUUCAGUGCUGAUUGCGAACAUGUGCAACGAAAAGGAGCUUCCUCAAUGGAAAGUUAUACAUGGUCUUUUGGAACAAGCUGUUUAUGGUGGUCGUGUUGAUAGUGCGGAUGACUCUCGUUGUCUGCGGGUCUUGUUGGAGUCUAUCUUUGCAGAUCAAAACUUUAAAGUGGGUAGUCAAGGGCCCUCAAAACAGCUUGCAAAUGGACUUGACCUGCCAAACAGAAAUCGACACGCAGACUAUGUCCAGUUUAUCAAUGGUCUACCUGACACAGACUCUCCUUCAUUGCUGGGGUUGCCUGCUAAUAUCGAUCGAAGCAUGCAACAAUCUACAAGUUGGAGUGUUUUGUCGCAACUUGCAUCCCUGCGAUCAACGGCUCAACACGAUCAAGUAUUUGAUCGUCAGGAAUGGUUGCGAGAUCUUGCUCCCGUAUUCUCUGUCUGGAAAAAGCUUAUGGGAUCAAGUGACGUACUACAAAAACCCGCAUCAUCCCCUCUAGGUGCAGGCUCGGAUCCACUCGUUUCAUUCCUAUGUCUCGAGUUUGCAACACUACUCGGCCUCGUUCAACGAGUGAAUGACACUCUUUCUGAACUAUCUCAAUCAGUCAAGAGUGGCCAGCUAGCCUCUGAAAUUCAACGACUCGGCACAUCACUACUCCGAGGCGAAACGCCAUCACUUUGGUUGCAACAAAGUGAUGCUUGGGCUGGACCUGAAUCGGCAAUGGACUAUAUGAAGGAGGUUGUGUCCAAGACUCUGGCGAUGUAUGAAUGGAGUCAAGCUAGUCCCGUCGAAUGGAUGAAGCGGCCCGUGAAAUUGAGUUCGUUGGUUAAUACAAGGGGAUUUUUGAUGGCUUUGAGACAACAGUCGUCCAGGAAACUGAAACUUCCGAUUGACUCUCUCCAGCUAAAGUCACUGUGGGGAGAUGCCAGAUCCGAUUCGCCUGGAGUCAUUGUAGAAGGUCUCGUCAUUCAAGGAUGCCGAUUCGAUGGACUCAAAGUGUCGGAAUGUCAUGCUGAAGAUCCGAGUCUGGCUGUCGCACCGCAAGCAUACUUUUCGUGGCUUCCAGAGGACGUCAUGCUCAAAGAAUCCAUAUCAGUGCCUCUCUAUUCAAACCCAUCAAGAGAGACAUAUAUUGCAUCGAUUCAAAUACCGUGUAGGGCAGACGACACACGAUGGACAUUGGCAGCAGUAGCGCUGUUUGUAGAAAAGUCAUUGUAG